ACCUGGCGUAUUCGCCAGUCGGCAGAAGCAUUCGCGGUUCGCGUACGACGUUUCAGUGAACAUUCAAUAAGUUUCCAUACAGAUAAUAAUUUAAAAAUCAAAUACAAUUAGCAAUUUAGCAAUAUCAAAACGCAUGCGAAUUUGACAGUUGUUUUUUUUUAGAAAAAGGCAAAGGUCUCGUUGCCGUUCGGUUGUGUGAGUGUGUGUUAGAUGUAAUAUAUGUUACGAAUGGCGGAUUGUAGUGGAAUAUACAGCGUGAUUUAAAAAGAUGGCGUAGUACUCCUAAUCCAAUAUGGCGGCGGUGUCGACAACUGUACACCUACAGGACACCAGGAUAAAGAUUCAGGAUCACAGCGAUGAAGAACACGAGCCAUAUUCGCCAACAAACACUAGGGAUACAAUCAGUCCCGAAUACAACGAGGAUAAAUCCGAAGAUAGAACAAUACAUACAUCCUCUUUCUCCAUACACAACGUUUUAAAGAAAGAACGAGACACAAAUAGUCCGGAGAACGUCUUCUCAACGGACAAACUUUUACAAAACACGCCAAAUUUCGAUGAUAGUCAAAAUUCUAGAACGUCAGAAAGCGUCAGUCCUAGGCUUGAAGAUGAUGAUAACGGUAUUGAAUAUGGCGCUGAAAUAAGUGUGGACGAUGAGAAUUCUUGUUGUAGUGAUGACACUGUCUUAUCUGUUGGUAACGAGGCACCAGUUUCCAGUUACCAUGACAACGAGAAAAGCAGUCCAGACACCUCUCACGGACUAUCCUCGUUCAAGCACAUACAGACACAUUUAAACGCGAUCUCACAACUUAGUCAAAACCUUAAUGUAAACCAACCUUUACUCCUCCGACCGAGUCCGAUCACCCCAAACCCUCUUAUGUUCCUAAACCAGCCUUUACUAUUUCAAAAUCCACUAAACCAAAUGGAUUUAAAAUCAGGGGUGAUACCAAAUAGAAUGCCGCUACCACAGAACAAUUUAAACCUUAACUCACAGCAUUACGGUUUAAAUUUCGGUCUGAGAAUGAAAAACCAAACAAUCGAAACGCGUCAUAGAAGCGAUGAGAAUAGACGUGUUAAUUAUAUUACACCGAAAUCACCAGAUAAUGAAUCUGGAAGGGAUUUUAUUAAUCAGAAUUGUUUAAAAUUUAGUAUAGACAAUAUUUUGAAGGCUGAUUUCGGAAGACGAAUAACAGAUCCUUUGACUAAAAGAAAGUCUUUAAAAUCUAGGUCAUUUGAGGCUAAAGUACCUGUGAAGGAGGCUUUAUUGCCUUCCAAACCGGACGUACUUGAGACUAGAGUGCCCGAGGUUAAACCGACUGACAAAGGGGCAAUUGAUCUAUCGAAGAGCGACGAUGGUUCAAGCAAUCAGAGUAGUACCACAAGCACGACGACCGGCGAGAACGGGCCAAUGGUGUGGCCGGCUUGGGUGUACUGCACGCGUUACAGCGACCGGCCAAGUUCGGGAAGAAGUAAGUACGGGACCAGCUCACGGCAGCAACGUCCUCGCACGAGAAGACCGAAGAAGCCACCCGGGGAGGGGCCCACGUCGGACGAGAAAAGACCUAGGACUGCUUUCUCUGGACCUCAGCUUGCCAGACUAAAGCACGAGUUCGCUGAGAACCGCUACCUGACGGAGCGACGGCGGCAAGCGCUUGCUGCGGAGCUGGGCUUAGCUGAGGCACAGAUCAAGAUCUGGUUCCAGAACAAGCGAGCUAAGAUCAAGAAGGCGUCGGGGCAGAGGAACCCGCUUGCACUCCAGCUCAUGGCCCAAGGCCUGUACAACCAUAGUACAGUCCCUCUCACCAAGGAGGAAGAGGAAUUGGAGAUGAAGGCCAGGGAGAGGGAAAAAGAACUACAGAAUAGACAUUGAGAGUUAAAUCUAGUUGUUUAAAUCGCAUUGUAAAUUAGACUUAAGGGUGGAUGAAAUGUUCUGAUUCUAGUAAACUAAAUAUAUGACUGAUUUAAUGCAGAAUAAACUCGAAUUCAAAUAAAUACAGAAAUAAAAAAGUAAUGGCGAUUAACAUUCUAACUUGCUUCUUUCACUUCUUUUUAUAUGAAAAGAUGCUAAUACGUUUAUUUUAAUAUCCUAGUAAAUACUAAAAAUUGUCUGUUAAAUAGAUCUUAAGCAUCGAAAUGACAAAUAAAAGUUACUUUUAUAGUUUACUAGCUUCCCGCGACUCCGUCCGCGUAUUAA